AUGCGGAACGUCCCCUCAGCGACCCGGUUCUUGCCGGGGUCGCCUGCAGCUGACGUGUACUGACCGGCUUCUGGCCGCGGUGUGGGUCGCCAUGGCGGUGGACAUCACACUCCUCUUCCGGGCAAGUGUCAAGACGGUGAAGACACGGAACAAGGCUCUUGGAGUGGCGGUUGGUGGCGGGGCCGAUGGCAGCCGGGAUGAGCUGUUCCGCCGAAGCCCUCGGCCCAAGGGAGACUUCUCCAGCCGGGCCCGUGAAGUGAUUUCUCACAUUGGGAAGCUGAGAGAUUUUCUCCUGGAACACAGGAAGGAGUAUAUUAAUGCUUACAGCCAUACCAUGUCUGAAUAUGGGAGGAUGACAGACACAGAGCGAGACCAGAUAGACCAGGAUGCCCAGAUAUUCAUUAGGACCUGUUCAGAGGCAAUUCAACAACUCAGAACAGAAGCCCACAAGGAGAUACAUUCCCAGCAAGUGAAGGAACAUAGGACUGCGGUUUUGGAUUUCGUUGAAGAUUACUUAAAAAGAGUAUGUAAGCUUUACUCUGAACAAAGAGCCAUCCGAGUUAAGCGUGUGGUGGAUAAGAAGAGACUACAGGAAUCUUGUUUUGGAGGUAAAAUAACUGCUAAGUAUUUGUAUUUAGAUCUAAGCUGGAACCUGAGCCAAAUACAAAGAGGAAAGAACCCCCAUCUGAGAAAGCCUCACAGAAUGCUUCCCAGGACUCUGAAGAAAAGCCUGCUGCCGAGGAGUUGCCAGAAAAGCCUUCUGCCGAAGCACAGCCUGAACUGGGAACCUGGGGCGAUGGCAGGGGUGAAGAUGAGCUGUCUCCAGAAGAGAUACAGAUGGCAAAUUGAAGGGAAAGUUGUUGAAAUUUCCAGACUCCAAGAGAUAUUCACUGAAAAAGUUUUGCAACAGGAAACCGAGAUCGACAACAUUCACCAGUUAGUUGUGGGGGCAACGGAAAACAUCAAGGAAGGCAAUGAAGACAUCCGAGAGGCCAUCAAAAACAACGCCGGCUUCCGAGUGUGGAUCCUCUUCUUCCUUGUGAUGUGUUCCUUCUCCUUACUCUUCCUUGACUGGUAUGACAGCUAGCCCACAAGAGCUGCACCUGUGCCUGCCUGCUGCCUCAGACACCACACGCCAGCAUGUGUCUCAUCUGCUGCGCAGCUAUGUAAGGUCCAAGGGCUGGGGAGACGUCGCCCCCAAGCCGAUAUUUGGAACCUAUGAGAUCGUGGAAAUGCAUGAAUUGAAAGUGCCCUAGACAGUCUUCAGGGGCAGAGGGUAAUGGGGCUCGGCAGUCAGGAGCUGCACCUCCAGGAGAGGUCACAAGCACGGCGGGGCAGAGCAGGGCAGGGAUCUGACACACCUGCUAUCCCCAUUACAAUGCUUGGGGCCUCGUCUCCUGCCCUUCCCACACCAGUAGCUUCAGGGAAGAACAGACCUAAUGUUUCUAAAGUCAUUGGUUCUUAUUUCCUUAUGGCGUCUAAUAUGUGCCGCUACGUGGCCCUUUGUCAUAGGAAAUAAUUCACAUCUGCCUUGUCAAGCUAAUAAAUGCAAUUACAGCCACUUAUUGCAGUCAGUGAGUCUCCACUGAGCAGCUCUGGAUGCCACCUGGCCGGACAGGCACUCUGGUGCCCUCCACUAGACCUCUCUCUCCUGCCCUGGCUCCCAGCAUGUGAACAGCAAAGCCAGGGCCUAGGUCAUAUGAAACCUGGCUUCCUGCCACUGGCUCUCAGAAGCUUGUGUUCCAAGAAGGGUGUGGAUUUCAGAAGAGCAGGCCUUCUGCCAUUGUCCCUGUACACUUUCCCCUCCAGAAGAGACUGUGUGGUUGGUUGCCUGUUGAGAACUAGAAGUAUACAGGACACAGCUGCAUCUUUGCACAGAUUUAUCCUGAUGUCACACAAUUCCUCCUGAAGCGCAUGAGUACAGACAAUCCAGUGUGCAGCUAGGUACCCACGAGCUCUUUAUUUGCAGGGAAUGUGAGAAGGUACAUUGGGAGGAUCCACAGUGGGUAAAGGGCUGCUAUAGAAAGCACAGUGGGGCUUGCCUGCUGCACUCACAUGGUUGGGAGUCAGAUCCCUCUGCAGGACAAGAUUUGGCACGUGUUUAUUGCUCUUUGUGCAUUCCUCACAGCUUCCCAACGCCCUUCAAGCACAUGACUGUGUGACCCCGCCACUCCCCUGCCCCGUGCUGAGCUCAUGGUCUUUGUUUUGGAACACCCCAACAAUAAAAUAUUCUGUCUCAGUAGCACACCUCAGGAAACAACAGUGUGGCUGACGGUGGUCACCAUGCUGGUUCACAAAGAAUCUCACACUAUUUGCCAUCUAUUUCUGACCUACUAAGGAACACUGAAACUUCUGACAUGCCCACUGGAAACAACACAUUCUGAGAACAUGAAGAAAACAACAUGAAUAGCUUUUUCUAUUUAAUUGUCUUACACAUUUACCUACUGGUGAUUUUGUAAACAUAUACUUUAAUGUCAAGAUUCGGAUUGAAACAUA